CGGCUCCGCGGGCCGCGGGCAGCGGGCGCUCCGCCCUCGGUGCGCGGGGCCUCCCCUCUCCGCGCCCGCGGAGCGCCGGCGCCCGCCCUAUAUCUCCGGCCGCGGUCCCGUGAGGAUGUGAGGCGGGCGGGCAGCCCGGCCGCCCCCGCCGUGGCAUGAGCCCCCUCGGCCCGAGCCGUCGGCGCGGCGUGUAGCCGAGGCUCGGCGGGGCGAUGCUGCCCUGGAAGCGGAGCAAGGUGGAGCUGGGCGCCGGCGAGGCGAGGCGGCAGGGCAAGGCCAAGGGCUACGCGGUGAGCGUGCACUACUCGGCGCUCACCUCGCUGGCUCGAGCGUGCCCCGAGAGCGCCCUGCACCGCGUGGGCAGCAUGUUCCGCUCCAAGCGGCGGAAAUUCCGCGUGACCAGCGAGGAUCCCACGUACACCGUGCUCUACCUGGGCAACGCCACCACCAUCCAGUCCAAGGGCGAGGGCUGCACCGACCUGGCCGUCUGCAAGAUCUGGAGCAAGAGCGAGGCCGGCCGGCAGGGCACCAAGAUGAAGCUGACCAUCAGCGCGCAGGGCAUCCGCAUGGCCCACGCCGAGGAUAAGGGGCUGCGGCGGCCCGGCCACCUCUACCUGCUGCACCGCGUCACCUACUGCGUGGCCGACCCGCGCCUGCCGCGCGUCUUCGCCUGGAUCUACCGCCACGAGCUGAAGCACAAGGCGGUGAUGCUGCGCUGCCACGCCGUGCUGGUCUCCAAGCCCGAGAAGGCGAAAGCCAUGGCCCUGCUGCUCUACCAGACCUCGGCCACGGCACUGGCCGAGUUCCGGCGCCUGAAGAAGCGGGACGACGCGCGGCACCAGCAGCAGCAGCUGGUGGGUGAGCAGAGCAUCCCGCUGGUGCCGCUGCGCAAGCUGCUCAAUGGGCAGUGCUGCUACAAGCCGCCGGUGGAGCGGAGCCGCAGCGCGCCCAAGCUGGGCUCCAUCACCGAGGACCUGCUGGGCGAGGAGCAGGAGGAGCGGGCCAUGCACUGCGAGGACUGCGAGGACAUCCUGGAGGCGCUGGGCGAGCCCGAGGGCGAGCUUCUGCGCUCCGGCGCCGGCCGCGGCGAGGCCCCGGAGCUGGGCCAGCUCCUGCGCGACCUGGGCGAGCUCAGCCUGGGCAACGACCUGCGCUCGCUGCGCGCCGACCUCCGCGUCCGGCGGCUGCUCUCCGGGGAGAGCACGGGCAGCGAGUCCUCCCUGGAGAGCAAUGGCCCCGACGGCGCCGCCCCGGCCUGCAACGGCGCCGAGCAGCCGCCCCCCGGCGACCCGGAGACCGGCUGAGUGCACGGCGGCGCCGGGGGCGCACGGCUCGGCCCGGGGCACCGGCGGCCCCCCCGGCAGCGCACGGCCCCUACCAGGAGUGCGGGGCUCCGCCGGGGUGCCCUCGGAACACCGGGGUGCCCCCGAGCCCCCCCGGGAGCACCGGGUCCCCUCCACAGCCAGCGCACGGUGUUCCCCCGCCGGACCCCGUGGCUUCACCGGGGAGCACCGGGACCCCUCCGGCCGCACCGCGCGGCCCUCCCCCACCCCCCCGGCUGUGCAUGGCCCCUCCGGGUCCCCCCCGGCCCCUCGGGGAGCGUGCCGGCUCCUUCCUGAGCCCCCCCGGCCCCUCCGGGAGCGCACCGGGUCCCUGCGGCGCCGCCGCGUCCCGGGACCGGGGCCGGGGGCUCCCGCGGCCCGAGGACGGGAGGUGGCUGCGGGCUGUUUACCUCCGGCUCAGCCCUUGAAGAUCUGCCAAAUUCCUGGAAUAGCUUUCCCCGGGGAGGGAGGGAGGGAGGGAGGUGUUGCGCCUUGUUUACAGUCAGAAAUCUCACAUCGGAAGGGGGGGCGGGGGGGCGCCGUUUUCUACAUUAAAGUCACUCCAUCGUGCUGUCGUGUCCGAGAGGUUUGCACUGUUGUGAUUUUUUUUAUUAUUAUUAUUUUUAAUUUAGACCCUUUUGUUUUGGGCCCCGGUCCUUUCCCCGGUCUCAAUGCUCUAGAUCUUUUGCUGUGCAAAAGAAAACUCUACUUGUGGCUGUUCACCUGUACAUAGGGAAAUGUAUGCAAAUACAUUGGGUUAUUUUUAAGAACACCACCAUCGCGAUCUCCUCUGUUUGCACAUACGUGAAGAAAAUAAAGAUGACGAUAAUUUAAAAGAA